AUGAAUCUCAACGUCGAAAGGGCCUGUACACAUAUCCCAUUCCGCUUUCUGGACCUGCCUAAAGAGGUCGGCCUCAUGUGCUACGAGUGGCUUCCCGAGAAGAUCACGCAUGUAUUCACGCCGGCCGACUGCACAAUUGCUGUUUCGGACAAGUGCUUCAACCCUGCUAUUCUCCAAACAUGCCGCCUCAUCUACAACGAAGCUCACGGCCUCCUCUUCAACGCCUUGCGCCAUGACGGACCGCAAAUAGCCGUGGCUUACAGCGGGCUCGACAUCAGCCUUCUGCUCCUUAUCCUCGACCACUUGCUUCCACGGCGUCCUUGCAAGCAACGCCGCUUUUUUUUGGCCAGAUAG